AUGGACCCCAGGCUUGCGUAUAUUUCCAUGGGCCAGAAUAUUGUUUCCCUGCAGAUUUCUGCAGCGCGAGUUGUAGAUUCAAAAAUAUGGUCUCAAUUACCGAAUGAAUUACUAGAGAGCAUAUUGAAGUGGCUUCCGCUGGACUCAGUUAGCAGACUCCGUACGGUGUGCAAAAAGUGGAACAACCUACUAUCUGGCGAGGAAUUCCUAACUUGGAGGAGGGAAAAUUUCAAAGAGGAUCCAUGGCUCCUCAUUCUCAAUAAUCGAAUGGAUUAUUACCGUUUAAACGUGUCAACAAAAGCAUUGAAGGCUUUUCCUCUUAAUUGUGUGGCAUUGGAAUCACUGGGAGGAUUAGUCCUGACAAGUAACGGGCUGAGGAAUAAACUAUUUUUGUACAAUCCGCUUACCAGAACCAGUACUCAGAUUCCUCGGUGGAGGCGCUCUCCUAGCGUGCACAUCGCUAUAGUAUGCAAUCCAAAAAGGGAAACUUUUGUCCGACUUCCCCUGGAAAGACUCAACAAAGAAGAUGGGAUAAGAUUGGGAGACAUUCUGUGGAAGGGCGAUCAAUAUCAAGUAGUAACAGUGCACGAGAGCUUCAUAGAGGUAUAUGAUUUUUCAAAGCAAUCGUGGUUUAUUGUACGGCAGCUGCCCCCAGACGGUUUUGGGGUCCCACGAGAUGGGGAUAUAGUUUUCUUUAAGGGUUUAUUUUUCUGCAUAGUGAGCCGCUUCAGUGUUGAAUAUGUUGACUAUGAAUGGGGUGUUAUGGUUUUCGGCAUUAAAGAAGAUUGCACAUGCCACAUGGUGAAUCUUUUUUGGCCCAUACCCAAUACUUCUCCUCUGUGGUUGGCUCCUCACCUGGUUGUAUGUGGGUCAGCACUUGUUCUGAUAAGGCAUGAUUCACUACAAUUAUGUUUGUGGGAGUUAGAGUAUGACAAUAAUCUAAACAUUACUUCAAGCCCAUCAUGGAAGGCCAUUGCAAAGAUGCCUCAGGAGGUGUCGGGGUUUUUCAAUUCAAACUUAGAUCCACGCAGGUCAAACAAUUGGUUUUACAAAUCCCUUGCAGCAGGGAAUUAUAUCUGCUUCAAAAGAGGAGGUAGUGGAAAUCUCGUCUUCUUCAAUAAACAAAAUAGCUCAUGGAGCUGCUUCUCAAUGGGUGAGAAUGUAGAGAACUGUAUAUUUGCUCUUGAUGCAUAUGUAUAUGACCCCAGGCCAGAUAUAUCAAUUCAGUGA